AUGAAGACUGUUCCAAAUAAAAAUAUAAAAUUAGAUCCUGGAUUUUGGACAAAGACGUCACAAAUCCAAUUAUUCUAUGGACUUUGGGUGAAUUUGUGUCACCUUGGUAUUGGUCUGGCUUUUGCAUUGCCGUCCGUUCAGGUACCGCAGCUGUCAGCUGGAGAUUCCUUCAUAAAAGUCACGAGAAGUGAGGCUUCUUGGAUAGCCAGUGUCUUCACUCUAUUCUCCCCUGUUGGGUGUUUGAUCAGUGGCUAUGUGACCGACUGGCUCGGUCGCCGAGUUAUGAUCAUCAUGUGCCAAGCCCCUAUAUGCAUCGGAUGGUUGUGCACUGGCUUCGCUAAAAGUACCAAACAAGUUAUUAUCGGAAGGGCUAUAACAGGAAUUGGAAGCGGCAUGGCUAUGACACCGCCGAGAAUAUUCGCCUCUGAGAUAUCCUUACCUAAUAUGCGUGGAGUUAUUGGGUCCUUUUCUACAUUGGCCAUUUCCAUCGGUAUAAGUAUACAGGCUGGACUGGGCCAAUUUCUAACUUGGCCUAUCAUCUGUUACAUCUGCAGUAUCUACACUAUUGCUAACUUCCUGUCUUUCUUCUUUUUGCCCGAAACACCGUAUUUCAUGUUGAAAACUAAAAAUGUAGCCGCAGCUCGAGUUGCUCUCAAACAUUUUAGGGCUCGGGACUACAACUUUGAUAAGGAAAUGGAACAAAUAAAGGAAUAUAAGGAGGAUAUGGAUAUUCGUACGUAUGUUGUACUUUCAUCGCAAUUUUAUAAAAUAAAGAGUCACAUUCUUGCUUUUGACUACAAAUCUAUGAAAAUAUGA